AUGCAGCUGUUCUUCUGCGCUACAACUCAAACACCGGCUUCUACGAACAACACUGUGGUGGCGCUAUUAUCAACAAUAGAUCGCAAUGACUCUCCAAAAAACUGGAUCAUCAGAGUGGGAUCAUCACUAGCAAACAGUGGCGGACAGGUUCUCAAUGUCGACAGUUUUAUAAUUCACCCGAAUUAUGAUUUCUUCAGCGAAGACAAUGAUGUCGCUAUAUUGAGAACUCAAAGCUUCAUUAACUACGGUCAAAAUGUCAACCGUAUUGCCAUCGCUGGCAGCAACUACAACCUCAAUGAUAACACAAUGGUCACAAUUAUGGGAUGGGGUGCUAUUGAGUACGAAGGACCCCGAUCAAACCAGCUGUUGAAGGCUGAUCUCUUGACCAUAAACCACGAGACCUGCAGACGGAACUACAAUAUCAUUGCUGUUCAAGUAUCUCAGAACAUGAUGUGCGCAGGCCACAUAGAUGGCGGAGCUGACUUCUGUGAAGGAGACGUCGGUAAUCCCUUGGUGCACCAAAACGUGUUGGUUGGUAUCGCGUCCUUCCGCACACCCAUCUGUGGUAGACGCAAUUAUCCUGGAAUAUACACUAGUAUCAACCGACAUACUAGCUGGAUCCAGAAUAACGCGUAA